AUGAAAAAGAACAAUGAACUAGCCCAAAAUGAAACCAUAACAAUGGAAUUCAUCCUCCUUGGUUUCCCUGGCUCUUGGUAUUUACAGCUGUUCAUCUUCAUCCUCUUCCUUAUGAUGUACAUCCUGACAGUUUUGGGAAAUGUGGUCAUCAUCCUUCUAGUAAUAAUGCAACGUUGCCUCCAUACUCCUAUGUAUUUCUUCCUUUGCAAUCUCUCUUUCCUGGAGAUAUGGUACACAACAGCUUCUGUCCCUAAGACCCUUGCUAUCUUUCUUGGAAAGAACAGAAGUAUCUCUUUCACAGGCUGCAUUCUGCAGAUGUACUUUGUUUUUGCCUUUGGGUGCACAGAAUACUUCCUGUUAUCUGUCAUGGCUUAUGACAGAUACUUGGCCAUAUGUUACCCCCUGCACUAUAAUACUAUUAUGGAUAUCCACCUCUCUAGUAAGUUGGCAGGUGGCUGUUGGCUGUGUGGAUUCAUCAUUAUUUGUAUACCAGCCUUUCUGAUCACAAGAUUGUCUUUCUGCGGCCCAAAUGUGAUUAAUCACUUCUACUGCAACAUUGAUUCCUGGAUUGUUCUUUCCUGCACCAACACCUAUGACAUUGAGAUGGCAGCCUUUGUCAUAUCCAUCAUUGUUAUAUUGGGAUCCUGUAUAAUAACACUUCUUUCAUACAUUUACAUCAUCUCCACCAUCCUGCACAUCCCAUCAGUGAAAGGACAGCAAAAAGCAUUUUCCACAUGCUCCUCCCAUCUUGCUGUUGUGGUCAUUUGGUAUGGCUCCACCAUCUUUCUAUUUGUCAAGCCUUCCAAAUGGACAUCUUUAGAAAUGACUAAAAUAGUGAACAUCUUGAACACAAUUGUGACUCCAUUGCUGAAUCCUUUCAUUUACACACUAAGAAAUAAAGAGGUGAAGGAGGCAUUUAGAACUUCAUUGCACUGGGACUGA